UCACACUACUCGUUUAAAUCGUCCGAAGACACAAGCAAGCUUUUCGGCGCAAUGUUCCCAGAUAGCGAGAUUGCGAAGAGAUUCGCCUGUGGAGAGAGAAAGUGUGCGUGCAGAGGUGAAGACAAAAUACAUCGGCUCGGAAUUCCUGGGGCAUUCCACUGCAAUCGAUCUUGUUGAGAAAAUUAGCAACGCGCUGGCCGAGACAGGUGUGAAGAACCUCAUCCAGCUGUCCAUGGACGGCCCUAAUGUUAAUUGGAAAGCGUUUUCCCUGCUUCAAAAAGAGAUGCAGAAGCAAGUGGACAGAUCGCUGCUGAACAUUGGCUCCUGCGGUUUGCACAUACUUCACAACUCAUUCAGAGAGGGAUGCAAGACUACUGGCUGGGACAUCGAGCACACCCUGUCAUCCCUUUACUGGUUAUUCCACGAUUGUCCGGCCCGCCACGAAGAUUUUGUCACAGCCACUGGAUGCAGCACUGUGAUGCUGAAAUUCUGUAAGCAUCGCUGGCUUGAAAACGUGACCGUGACUGACCGAGCUCUGAAGCUUUGGCCUUACGUCCAGAUCUACGUAGAGAGGGUACUUCGAGGCGAACUUCCGAAUCCAAAGACCAAAUCUUUUGAGACAGUGAAGAACAGUACCAAGGAUUGUCUGUUCAUCCCAAAAGUGAUGAUCUUCAACAGCAUCGCGAGAGAGAUCACCCCUUUCCUUACACUUUACCAGACGGAUAAGCCGAUGCUCCCCUUCCUCAGCGAGGAUAUGCUUCAGCUGAUGAAAGGACUAAUGGGGCGAUUCUGCAAUGACAAAUCUCUGAAGGAUGUUACAUCAGUCAUGAAGAUUCUGCAUAUCCCUUUCGAGGACAAAAGCCUGCAUAAGGAUACCAUAAAACCAACCUGGGUUUCUCAGCGGAGACUGUCUUAA